CACACUGAAGGAUAACACCUUUCAGUUGCCGUACAUUGCAAUCGGUUACUUCGACCAUGAUGGUGGAAGCCUGUCCUUGGGCAAGUACAAUGUCCACCUGUACAUCCCUCGUGGCGCACUUCCCAAAGGUCGACUACAGCAGGUGUACAUCUAUGUCAACCCUAAUGCGCCACCUGUUGACGGGAUCGAUCCGUCAGAUUGUGUCUUGUCACCGAUGAUCCAGUGCGGCCCAACAGGUCUGAAGUUUCUGGCGAGCGUUGUGCUGUCCUUCCCGCACUUUGCAAAGGAGGGAAGCGGAUGGGAGCUGCGUGCACAGUUGUGCAAUGACGAAGAAGGCUCGCUCAAAACCUGGAAUAAUCUUCAUGCAAACGACGACGGCGUGCUGGUGUCGACUAAAGACAAGACCGUCGUUCUCCUGAUGAAGCAUUUCACAGGGGCAGCUCUAGUUGGCCAACCGUCCGCAACGAGCACCAAGAUAAUGAUGGCUGGGGUAUUUGGGACCCCCUUUGAUCAGUCUAAGGAUCUUUACAGUUUCCGGUUUCACCUCUGGAACAAUGAACCAGUUGUCAAACAGAAAGUUGUGGAAUCGGAAAACGAAAUGGGCUCCAAGCAGCUGGACGCUUACAGAUCACUGAUUGUCCGCAGAUCGGGAGACGUGGACGCUGAAAUCGAGAACAUGAAGCCUGGCUGGGAAAUGGCCACUCCUACUUUACAGAAACAGACGAUAUCAGUCGAAAGAAUCUGGGAGUUACCAACGGACUCUGUGACCUUUGACCUCGAGCGCCACAAUUUGAACGAGGCUCCUCAUUGCGACGCUUUCAUUUCUCAGGAAGCUUCGACUGGAGGCAGGGUACGCUUCUCCAUUAAACCAGAAAAGAGGGAGUCGAGACCAGAGACAGACAAGCCGCGUCCGUGCUACAAAUGCCGACACGAUGCAGCCCGCGAAAUCUGCCCUUCCUGUGAGGAGGCCAUGGAAUGUGUUCCAGUUCUCAAGAAUCGAGACUUGUCGGACGGUGAUUAUGGAGGCUUGUCAGAGGAGAUGGUAUGCGCCGUGUAUGGAGAACCAGACUUGGCCAGAUUGCUGGUGGGAGCGGGGCAAGCAGAUGUCGGCCAAAGCUCGAUGGAAUCACAGGAUUCAUUAACGGUCUUCUUUGGACGUCAGAGGGCGCGUGGCGUCCAAGACAGGACGGCUGUGAAGCGUCUGCUGGAAUCGCUUGAUGAGCACAUUGUGAAGAGAGUUAGGAAGGAACUACGGGUGGCAGCCCCCGAAAACUCGCCAAAAGAUGGUUCCACGUCGACGGGAAACCCUGAAGAUAGUUCUCGGCUUGCCUUGGAAAUUGCCGUCGAGCAACGCUUCCGUUGGCUUGCCACGAGGUUGGGAUCAGAAUGGGAGGCACUUGCCACUUGGUUGGGAUUGACUAACGCGGACCUGUCCAAGAUUAAAGACGAAUACAGAUAUGAAGUCAGUAAUCAGAUGUUUGCUAUGCUUGUGGAGUGGAAGCGGCAGUCUGGAAGAUGGGAUGAAAGCAUCUUAGCCGGGGCCUUGGAGAAGGUUGGACGAAUUGACCUGGCACAGCAGUUCCAAGAUGACCGGCAAUUGUUUUCUUGUAUCUAUCACAAUGACUUACGAGUGACUGUCACUUGUGACUUAGACUGGUUAACACUGGUGACGAUAGCCGGGCAGUACUCUUGUAUAGGAUUACUACGCAACACCGAUGAAUGGGCUAGAAAUGCAGUCCCACGGUGUGGAUAG